AUGGAAAGUUCAAAUAAAAAUGACAAUCCUGAGGAAAACAGAACUAAAGCUAAGCUAUCAUUUGGAAUGAGUAGAAUUCUAGACAAUAGUGAAAAAUCUACAGCAGAACAAACUGUGCAAGAAAUAAAUUCGGACGAUGAGAACGAAUCUCGCCACACAGAAUCCCCAGAGUUUACCAAGAAACAAAUAAGUGAACUGAGUGGAUAUAACAGUUUUCCACAUUGUUUACAACCAAUGCCGUAUGUACCGUUCGGACUGUGUGGUAUACCUUCAUUAGCACUUCCCAUUCCCAGACCAAAUCCUGUAGUUCCUGUGUUAUCGUCCUACUCUUUCCCCGGAUGGAUGGAUCUCAGGAGGGACAGAUAUAGCAUAACGAGAAGAAUUGGUCAUCCAUACCAGAAUAGAACACCACCCAAAAGGAAGAAACCUCGAACAUCAUUCUCAAGAUUACAGAUCAUGGAACUAGAGAAACGUUUCCAUCGACAGAAAUAUUUAGCCUCAGCAGAAAGAUCGGCACUUGCUAAGGGUUUAAAGAUGACAGAUGCUCAAGUUAAAACAUGGUUUCAAAACAGACGGACGAAAUGGAGACGACAAACGGCAGAAGAGCGGGAAGCCGAGCGCCAAGCAGCAAAUCGUCUGAUGAUGAGUCUUCAGUCCGAGGCAAACAAAACAGUUUACGAUAUCAGAGACCCUCUGUGUAUGAGCAAUUCUUCACUUCAUGCUCUACAGAAUUUGCAACCGUGGGUGGAUGAAAGUUCCAUGAGUUAGCACAGGGUCAACUAUUACUUUAUUUGAUUGUGAUCAGUGAGUUGAAAAAGAUGUAUUCAUUUGGAACUAUUUGAUUGUAAAUCAAACUGACUAC